CUCUCUGGGUGAAAAACAGAAGACAUUAACCAUCUUUUUACUGGAUAAACUCCUUCAGGUGCAUCCUCUCCCAGCAGCACACCUUCUGGGCGGUUCGGUUGAUUGUGCGCUGUGUUCACGUACAUGUGUAAGAGACGUCCUAAAGCAGACGGUAUAUUUUGAUUGAAAGGAUUUUUCUGCACUGACGAGCACAGUAUGACCAUGGAGAACGCUCACACGAAGAGCGUGGAAGAAGUUUACAGCUAUUUCAGUGUGAACGAGAGCACAGGACUUUCUCUAGACCAAGUGAAGAGACAGAAAGAGAAGUGGGGUCCAAACGAACUACCUGCUGAAGAAGGAAAGUCAUUAUGGGAGCUGGUCAUUGAGCAGUUUGAAGAUUUACUUGUGCGAAUUCUCCUGCUGGCUGCUUGUAUUUCAUUUGUUUUAGCCUGGUUUGAGGAGGGAGAGGAGACGAUCACAGCAUUCGUGGAGCCUUUUGUAAUCUUGCUAAUUCUCAUAGCCAAUGCCAUCGUAGGUGUGUGGCAGGAGCGUAAUGCCGAAGAUGCUAUCGAAGCUCUUAAGGAGUAUGAACCGGAGAUGGGAAAAGUCUACAGACAGGACAGAAAGACUGUGCAGAGGAUCAAGGCCAAGGACAUUGUGCCUGGAGACAUUGUGGAGGUAGCUGUGGGAGACAAAGUACCUGCAGACAUCCGUAUCUGUUCCAUCAAGUCUACUACGCUGAGAGUCGACCAAUCUAUCCUCACUGGUGAGUCUGUCUCCAUCAUCAAACACACCGACCCCGUUCCUGACCCUCGCGCUGUCAAUCAGGACAAGAAGAACAUGCUGUUCUCUGGCACCAACAUUGCCGCCGGUAAGGCGGUGGGUGUUGUUGUGGCCACGGGUGUGAACACUGAGAUUGGCAAGAUUCGUGAUGAGAUGGCCUCCACGGAGCAGGAGAAGACACCGCUCCAGCAGAAGCUAGAUGAGUUUGGUGAGCAGCUUUCCAAGGUGAUCUCACUUAUCUGCAUUGCUGUGUGGAUCAUCAACAUUGGCCACUUUAACGACCCCGUGCACGGAGGCUCCUGGAUCCGUGGCGCAGUUUACUACUUCAAGAUCGCGGUGGCGCUGGCAGUGGCCGCCAUCCCAGAGGGCUUGCCCGCCGUCAUCACCACCUGCCUGGCACUGGGCACACGAAGAAUGGCAAAGAAAAAUGCUAUAGUGCGCUCACUGCCCUCGGUGGAAACGCUGGGCUGUACAUCAGUCAUCUGCUCCGAUAAGACAGGCACUCUCACCACCAACCAGAUGUCUGUGUGCCGGAUGUUUAUCUUGGACAAAGUGGAGGGUGACACUUGCUCUCUGGCUGAGUUUACCAUCUCUGGAUCCACAUAUGCACCAGAAGGAGAAGUGUAUCUGGAUAACCGUCCAGUAAAGUGCUCUGGAUAUGAUGCUUUGGUGGAAAUAGCAACAAUCUGUGCUCUCUGUAAUGACUCCUCUUUGGACUUUAAUGAGUCCAAAGGUGUGUAUGAGAAAGUGGGAGAGGCCACAGAGACAGCUCUUACCUGUCUGGUGGAGAAGAUGAACGUGUUUGACACUGAAGUUAGAAGCCUGUCCAAGAUUGAGAGAGCCAACGCCUGCAACUCUGUGAUCAAACAGCUGAUGAAAAAGGAAUUUACUCUGGAGUUUUCCCGUGACAGGAAGUCCAUGUCUGUGUACUGCACCCCCAGCAAGGGCAAGUCCACCACCAGCAAGAUGUUUGUAAAGGGAGCCCCAGAAGGAGUGAUUGACAGAUGCACAUAUGUGCGUGUAGGUGGCACACGCAUCCCCUUGACUCCGGGCAUUAAGGACAAGAUCAUGUCUGUGAUCAGAGAGUAUGGCACUGGAAAAGACACACUACGUUGCUUGGCACUGGCCACCCGUGACAACCCGCUCAGGAAGGAGGACAUGGUUUUGUCAGACACUGCUAGCUUUGCUGAAUAUGAGUCUGAACUGACGUUUGUAGGCUGCGUGGGCAUGCUUGACCCUCCCAGGACAGAGGUGGCUGCCUCCAUUAAGCUUUGUCGCCAUGCUGGUAUCCGAGUAAUCAUGAUUACUGGUGACAACAAGGGCACCGCCGUGGCAAUCUGCAGACGCAUCGGCAUCUUCUCUGAAGACGAUGACGUCAACCACAUGGCCUUCACAGGCCGCGAGUUUGAUGACCUCUCCCCUCAUGCACAGCGCGAGGCUGUCACAGCUGCUCGCUGCUUUGCCCGUGUAGAGCCCUCGCACAAGUCCAAGAUUGUGGAGUUUCUUCAAGGAUUCGAUGAGAUCACUGCUAUGACAGGAGAUGGUGUGAAUGAUGCCCCUGCCCUGAAAAAGGCAGAGAUUGGCAUUGCCAUGGGCUCUGGCACUGCAGUGGCCAAGACAGCCUCGGAAAUGGUUCUAGCUGAUGACAACUUUGCCUCUAUUGUAGCCGCUGUAGAAGAAGGAAGAGCCAUCUACAACAACAUGAAGCAGUUUAUCCGCUACCUCAUUUCUUCUAAUGUGGGAGAAGUUGUCUGUAUCUUUCUGACUGCAGCAUUAGGUUUCCCUGAAGCUUUGAUCCCAGUGCAGCUGUUGUGGGUGAACCUGGUCACAGAUGGUCUGCCUGCCACAGCACUCGGCUUUAACCCCCCUGACUUGGACAUCAUGAACAAACCACCUCGCAAUGCCAAAGAACCCUUGAUCUCCGGCUGGCUCUUUUUCCGAUACCUGGCCAUCGGCUGCUAUGUGGGUGCUGCUACAGUGGGAGCUGCAGCCUGGUGGUUUGUCGUUGCUGAAGAUGGACCUCAGAUCACCCUCUAUCAGCUGAGUCACUUCCUGCAGUGUGCACCUGACAAUCCCGAGUUUCAGGAUCUGGAGUGUCACGUUUUUGAAUCACCAUACCCUAUGACCAUGGCCCUGUCUGUACUCGUCACCAUUGAGAUGUGCAAUGCUCUUAACAGUCUUUCAGAGAAUCAGUCUCUGCUACGCAUGCCUCCAUGGGAAAACGUGUGGCUACUGGGAGCUAUCUGCCUCUCCAUGUCCCUGCACUUCCUUAUCCUGUAUGUGGAGCCACUGCCGGUGAUCUUCCAGAUCACUCCUCUAAAUAUGACGCAGUGGUUGAUUGUGCUAAAGAUCUCUCUGCCUGUCAUCCUGAUGGAUGAGCUCCUCAAGUUUGUGGCAAGAAACUACCUGGAACCGGGACGGGCUCUGUAAGCCUGCUCAGCUCUCGGUAAUUCUUGCAGAAGCAGUGAAGGUCAUUAUGAUGUGUGUUCUGAGCAGUACCACAUCAUUCAUGACAUGCAUGUUACCUGUGCCAAGUGUUAAAAACAAAAGUUCCAGAAUCAGUUUUAAAACGAUUUUAAAAGACUUGUUUAUCCCGAGUGAGUGGUACUGUCAUUGUUAAAGAAUAAAUUGAUUGUAACUGAUUACAUGUUAAUGAACUGUUCAUGGUGCAUGCCCAUGUUGCUAGUUACAUAGUAAAUUUGUUGCUAGUAAGUUAUAAGGCUUUGCAUAGCACAGCAACUUGAUUAAAUUAUGUAUUUACCAGCUGUUGGCAUUAGUGACAGGCACCUGUUUUCUUUUUUCAGAUGAUUUUAUUUGAUGAGAUGUGUAAAACAAAUAACUGUAUAAGAUUUUCCUCAGUGAAUGAGGAAUGUUUAAUAGCCCAGUGAUGCUGGUCCAGAUUUAAGGCAGUAGGGUUUCAGCAUGGAGAGGGUGUAACAAAUGGCCCGUCAAUUUACAGACGAGACACUCAAGUCCUGUAAUUAUUACCUUGACUUGUCAAUAAAUUUGAAAUGAAAAGUG